CAGCUGACAGCUCGAACAAAGGCAGAAGCUAAAAAAAGGGAUUGCAGAGAUCCGAAACAGGCACAGCCACCAAGGCGUGUGACGGAUAUUGUCCCGCAUCGCAUGCGCCGAGUUGGGGGCCAAUCUGACCAGCUAUAACAACACCCCAUCAUCCUGCCUUCUGCUUCACUAACUCUCACAUUCUGACUCUGCGUUGUAAUCACCAUGCAUCUGCGACUGUUCUUCGGGGCAGCCGUCCUCCUAGGCGCGGACGCCGCCGCACACCGUCCCUUUCUACCCCCCACCGAAUUGCCCAGCCCUCGCCCAUCUCCAGGCCUCUUCGGCGACUCCAUCGACCAAGACAAACUACGCCCCCACCUAGCUGAUCCAGAAUGGACAUCCACCGUAUCCAAACACCACGGCGACCCCGCCAUGAGGUCCUAUACGCAGCGCUUCCUCGCCCAGCUGCGCAACGCCACCAUCGCAACCCGCGACAGCCCCACAGUCCAUCGCCUCUGGGACGGACCUAGCACGAUCGGACUGCUCGACCUGACGGACUCCACCGUCGUCAUCUUCCUCUCGGACGACGAGAUCCACAUCUCCUACCUCGAGCGACGCUCGUCCAGCGCGCAAUUCUCCAACCGCGCGACCCGACCAUCGGCCGCCGAACAGUUCCAGGCCCGGCUCGUGCGCCCCGACACGACGCAACUGCUCCACCCGUCCGCCGCUGACGGAGCGACCACCGCCCCCGAAGUAAUCCUCGUGACGCCGUAUGCACCCGGCACACGCGACCACUUCAAACACCCGACGCAGAUCCGGCAGCUACAAGACGACCUGCAGGGGAUCGUCGGAGGCGACAGCCAGGUUGGCCCCACCGUAGUGGGCUAUACCCCAGACGCCAACGAGGAGGGGUAUGUGGCGCCGACACACGGCAAAGUCCUCAUUUCAUACAACCUCAUUCACCACCUGGAGUGGUCGGAGGAAGAAAAACGCGACCACAUCUACUCAAGCGUGGACAUCUGGACCGGGGACGCCGCGCGACCGGUGCACUCGCGGGUAUGGAGGGCGCCAAACCAACGCCAGGGCCAGAGGCCGGCUUUCGAGCGGGGCGGACGACCGGAUGAGGCGGAGGGCCGUCACGCGCCGUUGGAUCUCAAUCGGCUGAAUCUGAAUCUGCAAGAGGAGUCGUCGCUGGCGUACCUUACUUGA